UCAAUCAAUUCCUGCCAUGUUAGGUACCUACCUAAUAUAGAGCCGAACCAGUGUCGGAUGUCUCUAAUAGUCGCCUGAGAGCCUCACUCUCUCACCUUGACGAUCGAGUGGGCAAUAAGUGACCACAAACACGCAAAGUUCUCUGCUAAACAAUACGAUGCAGUCCCAGUUAGAUCCUCUACCCAAUGAUCUCCCCUUUCGGAUCGUGUCCAAGACCAUAGGGAGGGGUGCCUAUGCUUCAAUAAAGAAGGCGAUACCCCUGGACUCAGGGUCACCAGUAUUUGCCGUCAAGCUGAUCCACAAGGGCUAUGCUAUCAAGCAAGGCCGGGUAUCCGCCAAGCAAAUAGCCAUGGAGGUGUCCUUGCACUCUCACAUAGGGCAACACCCAAACGUCAUCGAAUGGUUUGCUACGGGCGAGGACCAGGUGUGGAGGUGGAUUGCCAUGGAGUUCGCAGAGGGAGGCGACCUGUUCGACAAGAUCGAGGCUGAUGUCGGCGUGCACGAGGACAUUGCACACGUGUACUUCCUCCAGCUAAUCAGCGGCGUCAGCUUCGUGCAUUCGAAAGGCAUUGCCCACAGAGAUCUCAAGCCCGAAAACAUCCUUCUCUCGGACACGGGCAGUCUCAAGAUUGCAGACUUCGGUAUGGCGACCAUGUUCGAGUACAAGGGCCAGAGGAAGCUCAGCGCGACCAUGUGUGGGAGUCCGCCUUACAUUGCUCCCGAGGUAUUGACCUGCUCCAAGGCGGAUAGGAGAUCUCCCGACGCGGUGAAAUAUUCUUCUGAUCUGGUCGACCUCUGGUCCUGCGGCGUCAUCUUGUUCGUCUUGCUAGUCGGUAACACGCCGUGGGACGAACCCACGUCGGGGAGCUGGGAGUUCCAGGAAUACGUCAAGACGAAUGGCCGAAGCAGAGACUCGCUGUGGGGACGGAUCCCCUCAGACACGCUGUCGUUGCUCCGCGGUAUGAUGAAUGUCGAACCCGCCAAACGAUUCUCCUUCGCACAGAUCCGCCAACACCCAUGGUAUACGCGGCGCAACCCGUUGCUCACCGAGGACGGCAAUAUCUCCGAUCCGCUCCAGCUGGCAACACAGAUGUUGGCAUCAUUGCGCGUCGAUCUUACACAAAACCCACCGACUCCGUCUCAGCAGCUCCGGGGCGAAUCAAUGGAAGUCGACCCGAGCGACUGGUCCACCAGACUCCCGGCAAGCCAGCCCGAGGCACCCAUCAGCGACGCGCAAUUCGACUGGGAGAGGCCGACGACGCGCGCCCUCGGCGGCACGCACGCAUUCUCGUCGACGCAGCCCGCCUCGGCCGCCGACGCCCCAUCCGCCCACCACCACCAGCACCAGCACGCGCGAGGCCGGUUCGGCGACGCGCUGGCCGACGAGCCGACCAUGAGCCAGUUCUCGCAGAACCCGGGGAUCCCGCUGAGCCUGACGCAGCACGCGCGGCGGUUCCGCGACAUCGUGCCGGCGUACUCGCUGACGCGCUUCUUCUCGCACGUGCAGCCGGCCCUGCUGGUGCAGAUGCUCGGCGACGCCCUGCACCAGCUCAACGUGCCGCUGCCGUCAUCGUCGGUGGCGGUGGUGGCGCCGGUCGGUGGUGGUGGUGGUGGUGCGGACCACGUCGCGAGCAUCCGCGUCAAGGCCCUGGACGGGAGGCGCCAGAGCCUGCACGGGGAGAUCAUGGUGGACAGGUUUUACAUGCCCGAGGGCCAGGAGCUGCUCGAGGUCAGGUUCGUCAAGAUGAAGGGCGACCCACUGGAGUGGCGCCGGUUCUUCAAGAAGAUGGCUCUGCUCUGCAGGGACUGCAUUUACAACGUCGAGGACUAGGUUGUGGAUAUGGGGGUGCUUGCGUUGAUCGAUUUGGUGCGAGGGCGAGGAGUUCAAAGGGUUACUUGCGGGCGCAUGACAGACAGACACAUGACACAUGCAAUUCUAUAGCUAUAGUCGAUUACCAUAACAGGGUUGGUCAAGGGAGGGAUGGGGGGGCAGAUAUUCGCUCGCAACAUCUCAGACAUUUCCCAUCGGAGAAUCAAUACAUGGCUGUUUCACAGGGGCUUAGCCCCAAUGCAACAUUUUGAGCACUUCAACAGGUAGACAAUGGGCUGGCUGUUUGUGCUGUUACGACUCGUAUCCCGGGUGCAACACUCGCUCCAGAAGCGAAGAGAAACCCCGAGCCAGGGAGCACGAAUGCAGGUCUAGAUUUCGACUCGGUUGCUAAAAUUGCCGACAAAGUGCUGUUCAACAGCCC